AUGGCAACAAUCGUCACUAAUCAUACAGUGCCGGCCACAUCACAUCGACAAUAUAUUGAACGUGAAAAAUCCACAAUAGAUGAAAUACGAGAAAUUGUACGUGAACAAUCGUUUAUAACAACAGCUACACCGAUAACGGCUACUACGACACCUGAACUUGGCGAUGUGCCAGUCAAAAAAUAUCCUCCACUUCCUGAUAUUCUAGCGACAGAUGGUACAUUCUAUCGUACAGAAUCAAGUUUAUUACCGUCAGAGAAUGAUACUACUCUUUCCACCAAACAUCACCAUCAUCCACGAAAAAUCAUAACAAAACAAAUGUUUUAUCAUUUUGCUACACCACCAAAAUCUCAUACAACAACCAACAAUCAUCAUCAUCGUCGUAGUUUAAAUAUCGCUACUCAACAACAGCAGCAUCGUUUACCUGCUUUACAUUCGAAUCAUCAUCAAAAAAAAACAUUAGUAAAUAUCAUGGAUCUUAAUGAAGAUUUACCAUUUGUUUUUCCCACAAGUCCAAAUAAUAUCAUUCAACGUUCAACUUAUACAUCGCCAGGUGAACGAGUUAUAUCACCUAUUAAACGUCCAUCUGCUCCAUCUCCACCCACAAGUGCACAAAUAAAACGUACAACAACAAAUGGUUUUUGUACACCAGCACAAAAAAAUCAUCAUAGUGAUGAAGAAAUAUCAAAAUUAAGUUUAGAUGAAGAUGAAGAUGAUAUUAAUGAGGAUGAUGAUAAUCAAAUGUUUGAUAUAGGAGAAAAGGCAUACUAUAAACGAAAUCAUGCACAUAAUGAACGCAAAGCCCCAUUUCUAGAUGAUACUCAUCCAUUAGAUAAUGAUUUAUAUCCAACAUUUUUAUCAUAA